AUGGACCAUGCCGACGUCAAAAUCCGUAUCGGCGAGUUCGAGUUGCCGGCCCACGGCUUAGUCCUAGCGGCUCACAGCCCAUACUUCAAAAAAGCCCUCAAGGGCAACUUCCAAGAAAGCGAGAGCAAGACGUUUCAAUUCCGCGAAGGAAGUGCACAUGCGUACUGGAGAGUCUUCGAGUUCAUGUACACCAACAAUUAUUCCGAAGAAGUCGAAUCGAUCGAAGCGCAAGGUGGCUACUCAGUACUUCGAACCGAGACCAGUGCUAAUCUUUGCACAGAUGACGCCGAUGAACUGACGAAGCACGUGCGAGUCUAUGUCUUGGCAGAUUUCUUCUUGAUGCCAGAACUGAAGAGAUUUGCCGUCGAAAGACUCAAACCAAAGCUUGAAGAGCUUUGGGUGAGCGAAUCUUUCGUAGGCUGUAUCAGAGAGACGUACGAAUCAACCAACCAAUCGGGUCAACAGAUCAGGGAUGCUAUCCUUCGAGUCGUUAAGAUAAACCUUGACAGCCUGUGGUCGAAAAAGAUAUUUCGUGAUCUCGUGUAUGAAGGAGGCGAUUUCCCAGGCGAUCUUGUCGGACAAUUCGUGAGCCGCUCAAAUAGCAAGAUCAAUGUGAAACAGGAUGAGGUUGAAGAAGCCAACUCUUCGUUCUAG